AAUAAAAUCAAACCCAAGAAUCCAAAUCACUCUAAUUUCAUUUUCUUAUUUUACCCUCAUAUUCCUUUGGUCCCCCUUCUUCAACUUCUCACCCUCUCUCAGAAUCUCACUGCACUGACUGCACAAAAAUAUCAACCAUUCCCCCCAUUUUUACAGUUCCCUGCAGACACUGAAACAUUGACGUUAGUCAUUCUCUUACCUCAGACUAAAAGACACUGAAACUGAGCUCCACAAGUCUUUACUUGAGCUCAGUUUGGAACUGCAGCCCAUUUCUUUCACUUUACACCUUCACAAAAAUGGAGCUCUUUAGCCACUGUUCUCCAAUGUUCUUGCUCCUUCUGCUAAUUUCAGUUAUCAUGUCCUCUGUAGUGGUGAACUCAAUCGGAAUAAACUACGGCCAAAUCGCCAACAACUUACCAUCGCCGGAAGCGGUGGUGCCGAUAGCGAAGUCCAUCGGAGUCACCAGAAUCAAGCUCUACGACGCCGACCCCAAAGUCCUGAAAGCAUUCGCCAACACCGGAGUAGAGUUCAUAGUGGGCCUGGGGAACGAGUACCUCGCCAAGGUCCAAGAUCCGGGAAAAGCCCAGGAAUGGGUCAAGUCCAACGUCCAAGCUUACCUUCCCGCCACCAAAAUCGCCUGCAUCUUCGUCGGCAACGAAGUCCUCACGUUCAACGACUCGUCGUUGACCGGCAACCUCCUCCCGGCUAUGGUCAGCGUCCACACCGCCCUCGUCAACAUGGGCCUGGACAAGCAGGUCACCGUCACCACGGCCCACUCCCUCUCCAUCCUCGAAAACUCCUUCCCGCCGUCGGCCGGAACUUUCCGCCGGGAUCUGAAGAACUGCAUAGCUCCGAUCCUCGAUUUCCACGCCAAAACCGGAUCUCCGUUCCUGAUCAACGCUUAUCCUUACUUCGCGUACAAAUCGAAUCCCAAACAAGUGUCACUGGACUACGUUCUGUUCCAGCCGAACGCCGGAAACCUAGAUUCGGCGACGAAUCUCCACUACGACAACAUGCUCUUCGCUCAGAUCGACGCCGUCUACGCCGCCCUGGGGUCGCUCGGCUACAAGAAGCUCCCGGUGCACAUCUCCGAGACCGGCUGGCCCUCGAAAGGCGACGAGGACGAGGCCGGAGCGACGCCGGAGAACGCGAAGAAGUACAACGGGAACCUGAUCAAGCUCAUUUGCCAGAAUAAGGGAACUCCGUUGAGGCCAAACUCGGAUCUGAACAUCUACGUGUUUGCUCUGUUCAAUGAGAACAUGAAACCCGGCCCGAGCUCCGAGAGGAACUUCGGGCUUUUGAAACCCGACGGCACGGCGGCGUACUCGCUUGGGUUUAACUUGAAAGGGAGUUCGAGUAGCGGCGGGAACAGUAGUAGCAGCUCGUCCGGGUCGGGUCAGGGUGGGAUUAACCCGAUUACUAUAGGCUCGUCGCCGCCGGGUUCUUCCAGUAACGGCUACCUGUCCAUCUCAUCUGCCUCCGCCACUGUGAGUUCCACUAACUUUUUACUGAUAUUUUUUACAGUUAUUCUUUUUUUUUACUUGGCUAUGUUUGUGGGACAAAUGUCUGUCCAAUUAUUGGCCGCUGAAAAUUUUUGAUCAGAGAGAAGAUUCCGGUCCCGAUGGUUUUGUUGGAGUGGACGGUGCCUAGAAAACGACGUCGUUGUCAUUUGGCACUAACGUAAAUGCUGCGACGCCGUGUCGUUUACCUUUGUCGUCAGCUUCACAUGGUUUUUUGUAGGUGCUGGAAGCCACAUUUUGGAAAGUGCUUCUUGAAAAAGCACCAAAAUAUGCUUCUCGGCUACACACACUAUUGUUUACUCUACCCAUUAAAAUGUGUUACUACCAUCAAAUUUGUUCUGUUUAUAGUUGCUUUCAUCUUUGGCUUAGUUCUGAUGAGAGUGUAUGAUGCUUCCUUUCUCUACAGGUGAAAUACCAUUUGAUCGGUUCGAUUUCGAUGUUGUGGUUGGUUCUAUUGUUGAUAAAAGUCAUUUGAAGUUGAGGUGAAAGGUGAGAGCAAUCCCAAGUGCUCAUUGUGAAUGAAUGGUAGAGAAAGUGAGGAAAAAUAGAAAGAGGCAACUUGAGAACUAGGCAAAGGUGAAUACAUGGCUCCUCUCCUAAUCAAUGACUCUACUUGCUUUCUAGUUGGCAAAGCAAUUGCUGCCUACCGUCCUUUAGCUAGAGGGGGCUUUAACUUUUUAUUCUGUUUUUGGCUGUUGCAGCAGAAUUAUUUCAUCUAUCUCAAUAACUCCUAGUCGGUAGGGUUUGUGAAGGAGGCAGGAGAGGACCACCAUUUAUUUAGAAGAUUAGAUCUC